ACACAUCAGCCACAUUUUUCUUCUACAGUCAUCCUAUAUUCUAGAAAUUUCAAUUUUAUUUUGUCCGUUUGUAAAUUGUUUUUUGUUCAUUAUACAGUUAUAUUAAUUAAAUUAUUUUAAAAAUGAACGAAGAAGAAGCUGUAAGUAUAACUAGACAUUAUAGUAAAUUAUAAUUAUAAUAUUUAAAUUUUUUUUUGUGUAAGGUUUAUUUGUCAAAUUUAACUUAAUCAUUAGUUAAAUACCUACCUAUUUAUAUUAUUUGUAUAACAUUUGUUUUUUUUGUUAUAGGGUGAAAUUUACUAAUCAAAUUACUUAACUCUAUAAAAUCCUAAUUUUCAGUACCUAAUAUUAUAAGGAAUGAUUUAAAAAUAUAAAUACAAAGAUUAUUUACAUCCAAAAUUUAAUUUUAUAAUAUUUAAAUUAAGCACAAAUAAAAUAUUAUGUAGUAGGUAUCUAAAAGUUCUAGUAGUAAUCUCAGUUAAGUAUUUCACAAUAUUUAAUUGAACUAUAGGUAUACAAUAUUAAUGUUAAUUUUAUAUAGCAGUACAGUACCUAUCUACUCAAAUUUCUAAUGAAAGUUAUUUUUAAAAAAUGGCUGUGUCUAGAUAAGUAAGUAUUAUUUGAGUAUCUUCCUUUUUUAAUUUUCAACGAAUCAGUAUGUAGGUAUUAUAAUAUACUCAUAUUAAUGACUAAUGUGAUUGUGUAUUAGUAGUUCAUAGACAAUAUAAAUAUUUAAAUAAAUAUAUUUAUGAUAUAUUUACUAAUUGUUAGAAAUUUAACAAUACUACUACAAAUAGGUAUGCAUAGGUAAAUUCAAUUUUAUUGAUGUUGAUGUGUUAUUGAUAUUUAUGAAAUUAUAUGAUUAUGAAUAAAGGCUGAAUACCUAAAUCUAUAAUCAUCAAAUGUUCAAUUAGAAGUUUUUCUAAAUUUAGCAUUCUUAAAUACUAAUAGAUUUGUUUAUUGUUUUUAGUUGUUUGAUCCUUCUAUAAAGAAGAAGAAGAAGAAGAAGAAGUUUGAUUUGGACAGUGCUUUGGCUUCUGAAGGCGGUAAUGAUAGUGUCAAUGAUCAAACAUUAGAUAAAGAAAACCAAGAUCCUGUGCCUGAUCCAGAUGAAUUUGAUGGUAUAUAAAUUUAUAUUUUCUUUUGAGAAUUAUUAAAUUCAGUGUUGUAUUAUACAUUGAACAAUUUUAAAUUAUUAAUAUAGUGUACCUACAGAAGAAUUAAGAAAAAGUUGUGAUAAAUAGACUUUCUGAAGGUACUUAGAUUAAAAUAUCUUUUUUGAUACAUAGAUUAAAAUAUUAUAUUCUACAGCAGGGGUUCUCAACCUUUUUAUCAUCGAGUACCACCAGACACUUAAAUAAUCAAUACGCAUACCACCUCAAUUCUAUAACUAAAUUAGGAUUCAAAUUUUUUUGGCAUAUAUUUUUAUUAUUCAUUCAUUUCUUUACAUUUUUAUUAUUUAAUAUUUAUAAAAGUAAAAAAUCUUAAUUUUAGUUAAAUCUAAAUAUUUAAAUUUUAAAUUACUAUUUUCAAAUUAAUAAAAAAAAUAAUAAAUAUAAAUAAUAAUAAAAUUAAUGUGAUAUUUGUUGUUGUUUAUUUUGUACAAGGACAUUAAUAUUAGGCUGAAUGGAACUUAUUUUCACUCUUAUGUCACUUUGAAUAUCGAGCCUACUUCUGUACUUAUUUUUCAAAUACAGCAAUUCAGAAAAUCCACUCUCAUACAAAUAAGUAGUGACAAAUGAAGUUAAACAUUUUAAUGAUUGCUUGAAAAGAGAUGGGUAUUUUAUUUUUAUUGACAUCCGAAAUGAAACCAAUGUUUUGUCUUUAAAUGCGUCUUUCAUUGAGCUGUCACUUACUAUAUCAAUGAACGAUUCUUUGUCUUCUAUGUCUUCUGGAACUUCAGUGUCUAAAGAUUCAUACAAAAAUGGGUUUCUGAAAAUAUUUUCAGCAUUCGUAUUUGAUUCAAGUGGUUUACAAAAUACAUACUUCUCAUUUAAUACAUUGUGAAAAUCAUACCGAAUGAAAACAAGUAGCUGUGCCAUAUUUGUUAUAUCUGUAUAAUAUAAAUAACACCAAGGUUAAAACUAUAAAAAUGUGCUUUAUCGACGAGAACUAUAAUAAAUUAUAGAUUUUAUCAUUAUCUAAAAUUCUAUGAUUACAAACACCAUGUCAUCGACAUUAAAUAUUAUUUUGAUAAAAUAAUAAUUUUAUAAUAUUAGCUAAUAUCAAAUAAACUAAACUAAAUAAUAUUGAAUGCAAAUAGUAAUAAAAAAAAUUCUUUAUGUAUCACGGGAUGGGAACCUCUGUUCUACAGCUUACUUCAAUCUCUGUAUUAUCACUAUCAACAUCUUUAUGUAUUGAUUAAAUAUAAGGAUAAGGUACCUAUUAUAAAAAAAUUAAAAAAAUUGAUAUGUUGUGCUAACACACUUUUUUUUUCCAACUAUUACAGAUGGUAACCUGGAUCUGGAUAAUUUCGGCGGCAAAAAAAAAAAAAAGAAAAAAAAGGUCACUAUAAAUUUAGAUGACUUAGAGAAUGCAUUACCCGAUACAUCAUCAGCAUUGGAAAAUGGUGAUAACCAAGGGGAUGCUAUGGAUGUUAGUUUUUCAUUUAGCAUUUUGUAAAUUAUAAUCUAGUUAAGUUCAAUAUUUAUUUAUUAUCAUUGGUGUUGCAGGACGAUUUUGAUUUAGAUAUGGACUUUUCAAAAACAACAAAAAAAAAGAAGAAAAAGAAGAAGGACAUUGACGAAUUAGUUGCCGAAGAAAUGGAUAAGAAGGGUGACAAAUUUGAUGAUAGUAAGUGUUUUCCAUUUUAUUCGUAAAAUAAGGUAUCAAUCCUUUAUACGUUUUUAUUCAAAUUUACAUGCUUUAACGGUGGACAGUGGCAUUUUGAGUCUGGUAAGGGUUUUGAUAAGGUUUCAAUUAUUGUGUAGAGAAGUACUUUUAAAUUUUCUCUUAAACAAUAAAUUAAUAGUUUUUUUAUAAUAACUUACUUAUAUCUGAAACUCAAAACUUUUUUUUUUGUACUUGUAGAAAUAUUAUCAACAUCACAGAAGUAGAUUAUACAUAUUAUGCAGUAAAGCUUAGUAGAUAAUCAUUUUGUAGUUUACUCUACACUUAAUAUAAAACCUUUAAAGACCAAUUGGGCUCAAAACCCCAAUAACAUAAAUAUUAAUAAAGAACAUGACUUACUGAUCUAUGUUUAUCCUAUCCUACCUACCUUUUAUAUUCCAAAAGACAAAAUUAAUUUAAUUUAUUUUUUUUAUAUAUUUAUAGGAUUAUAGAGAAAACAUUGUUUUCUACUGUAUUAACUUUUACACCAAUUUUUACAAUCAUAUUUCUUUGUGUAAUUAUAGAUACUGAUGGCGAAAGCCACACAUGGUUUGGCUCUGAUCGGGAUUAUACUUAUGAUGAACUUUUAACUAGAGUAUUUGAAAUAAUGAGAGAGAAAAAUCCAGAUAUGGUUGCUGGUAAAAAACAAAAGUUUGUAAUGCGCCCUCCACAAGUAGUUCGGAUAGGUACCAAAAAAUCUUCAUUUGCAAAUUUUACAGAGAUAUGCAAAACGUAAGAAUAUCUUCUUAAGUAUAUCUUUAUCGCUUAUUGAACACUUAUAUUCUAUUGUAAUUUAUUUUUUGUUUAGAUUGCAUCGUCAGCCAAAGCACUUGUUAGAUUUCUUAUUAGCCGAAUUGGGUACUAGUGGUUCAGUGGAUGGAAAUAGCCAGCUUAUAAUCAAAGGUCGUUUUCAACAAAAACAAAUUGAAAAUGUACUCAGAAGAUAUAUUAAAGAAUAUGUUACCUGUCAUACGUGUCGUUCACCUGAUACCAUCUUACAGAAAGACACUAGAUUGUUUUUCUUGCAGUGUGAAACUUGUGGUUCACGAUGCUCAGUUGCUAGCAUUAAAUCUGGUUUCCAGGUAAAUAUUUGUUUUUUAUUUUUCAUAGUUAUGCUUAAAAUCAAUUUACUUUUUUUUUAAUUUGUAUAGGCCGUCACUGGAAAACGUGCUGCUAUCAGAGCGAAAACUGCAUAAAUAUUUUAAUAUACUACUUUCUCUUGCAUACAAUACUAGUUCAGCAAAACGUAAUAAAAUAUAUCCCAUUUCUACAGUUAUCAAAAAUAUGUUCUUUUUAUUACCUUUAUAUUAUAAAUCCUGCAGAUAUUAAAAUGAUUUUAUUUUGUGUCUCAAGUAUUUGUAUUAUAUUGUGCAUAUUGUUAAUUCUCAUUUUAAUAUUUUAUGCAGAAUUAUUGAAAACCACUUUUAAAUUAUAUUGUAUACAAAAUUAAAGAGUCUUUUUCUUCUGUAUUAUGUCCUUCAACAAAUUUACUUCAUUAUUAUGUGUAAUAAUAAGUAAUUUUAUUAUAUAUUUUUAAAAUAUUUACUAUAAAUGGGACUGAACUAUAAUAAAAGAGAAUUAUUGGAAUUUAUAAUUGAUUGAGAGUGAAAAUUAUAGUAGAUAAUUUUAAAAUUAUUUUGUACAAUUUGUAUUAUUGAAAAUUAAUAAUUAACAUUUUAUAAAAGAUAUUAU